UUAUUUUGACAGGAGAUACUGUUUUCAUUUUAGGUGAUCAUAUGAUCAUGAAGAGUCAGGAUUAUAAACCAUUUAGCGAAUUUUUUUUUUCGCGCUCUUGGGAUUUUUAAACAUCGCGAAGUUUUCCAAUUUUUUUAAAUCCUUCAGACAUUCGUUUGGCAUUUCUAUUUAAAUUUGGUGUGGGGUUAGGUUGGUAGGGGCCUGGCAACACUGUUUUUUAUGAAAAUAGAGGGAAAACAGCCGUUACAAAUAAGUUGGAGAGAAGCAUCGGAGAGUGGAGUUGUGCCAGUACUUUUCAACAGUGAUUUAUUGGGGAUUUAUCCGAGUUUUUACGGUUUAUUUGAUUUCCUGAGGUGGAUAAUUAGGGAGAGUACAUUAAACUCGUGGAGGGUUGAAGCUGUUGGAAAAUUUGGUGGAGAGAAUUGUACGGAGCCAAAUCUCAUCCCCUCCACAGCAAGAUGUCGUCAACAGACAGUGGAGUGGUAGAAAUUCAAACCCCCAGCAUUCAGAAGCGUCUCUUCUCGAGUGGUAGCUCCUCCAAACGCAAGCUUUUCCAGAAUUCAAACCCCCCACCACCCCUCACUCAAUCCGGUUAUGAUUCUGAUCUAGGUCCCAUGUCCCCAAUAGCUCACUCUGACCAUAGUAGUGUGACGAGUUCCCCAGGUCGGUCCUACCACUCUCCCUUCACAACCCCAGAAUGUUCGCCAAAAUCCCAAUCACACCAGUGGGAUCGUCUACGUCCCUUGACUCGUGAUAACUACAGACUGUCACCCUUCAGCGCCCUCAGGAAGACAACCCGCGAUGCACGAUCAUCUCCGAGACGUCGACUGCCUUCUGCCUCACCCAGAUCCCUCCCAGGGACCCCCAAACGCAGCAAACGCCCUGAGAUUAUUCCAGGAACGCCUGAGAGCACUGAAAACAUGAUAACAGAUGAUGGGAUAAUUCCAGAGACUCCCCAGAAGGAUAAUGACAUAACAGACACCCCGAAGAGAGCGAGAAACCCUGAAAAGAAACUAAUAACUCCUCUGGGUUCUGUUUGCAAGAGUAUCAUUGUCCCACCUCUGAAUCGCAGGAAGUCCUUGGGGCCUCAGGACUCAGACGAUACGUCUUCUCCUGAAAGAAUCUCGCAGAAACGACAUCUGAAUGAGGAUCAUCCCCACUCUGCAGGAUCCAAACUCAUGAAGACCGAUGAGUUCUCAACGAUUCCAAAGGCUCGGGCGUCACUUUUCCCUGAGGCUAAAAAUGAAAACACUCGACCAAACAUUACUCUGAGCACCAAGUCGUUCUACAGUAAGGCACCUGAGGAUGGUGGGAACAGGAGAUAUUCCAUGUGCUUCGGGUGGAGGAGCUCUGAAACCAAACCGAAGAAAAGACACAGCCUACCUAAUCCUGGAAGACGAUCUGGAGGGCACAAGAAGCAGAGGUUUGGGGAGAUCAAUGCUGGUGUCACUCAUGGCAUCAAGAGGCCGAAGCCCAAAAAAUCAUUAGCCAAGAGCAAGUCUCCGAAUGAAAAGGAGAAGAUGGAUGAGACGGUGCGUUCUGAUUCUAGUCCUGAAAUUAAGAGGAUGAAAGAAGAAAAGAGACGAGGGGACACUGGAGUCAAUGUUCUGAAAGUUAUUCCGGCGUUGGAGAGACCUCCGUCACCCGUUGCUGAUCCCACUAAGAGGUUCUUCAAGACCAACAGGAUGAUGAGAACUCAAAAUGUUGCGACAGUGACGGUUAAUAAGAAUAUUAAACUGAAGGUGGCUGAUGGAAAGAUCAAGCUGAAUGAGAAAAAGAAUAUGGUGAGACCUGUUAUGAAAAAACCUAGGAUGGAGGUGACUUUUGAUGCUAAUGAUUUGACGGUGGAUGAUGUUGAGGUGAAUGAGAUCCAGCAGAAUAGUGUUAUGGAUAUUUUGAGGGUGCUAGAGGAUGACUGGGGGGAUGAUGAGUAUGACAGCAUGGGGCCUUUGGUUAAUAAUCAAGCGGUUCUGACGAGUAGCGUGAUGAUGUCUCCUGGGAGUGUUCUCAGUGAUAUGACUUCUUCCAUGAAUAUUGAAGAUCAGGGGGCAGAGAGUGGAGAUAAAUAUUUUCCGUUGUUCAGCAAAGGAUUCAAACCAUCGUUUGAUGAAUCUUUCGAUAAGAAAUCAAACAGAGGUGUGAAGAGACAGGCCUGGCAGCUCUCAGCGAAAGCUAAUGGGGGUAUUGAUCAGUACCAACUCGAUGCCGGACAGAAACGAUUUGGAACAACUCAAUGUCUCGAUUGUGGAAUUGUUUAUCAAAUUGGAGAGCCAGAGGAUGAAAACGCUCAUUUGAAUUAUCACAAUAGUUUUAAAAUUCUCAAGUUCAAUGGCUGGAAAAAUGAACGAGUCGUGAUGGAGGAUCCGGUCACAAGCAGUCGUAUUAUUACUAUUGAGAAAUCAGAUCCAAAGAAUUAUUGGAAGAAGGUCGAGGAUGUUCUCGCUGUUGUUGAUCGUGACUUGGGGUUGGCUGAUAUGGAAUUGACAGAUUAUCAUGACAAGAAGAUUUAUCUCUAUGUAAGGAAUAAAACUAUCCUGGGGGUUCUUAUCGCUGAGCCUGUCAAGACUGCCCACAAAAUGAUUGCUGAACUCGUGGAGUUCGAUUGCUGCUCGACUGAGGAUACUCCUGUUAAAUGUGGAGUCAAUGUUAUUUGGACUGCCAUGAGUCAUCGAAGACAACAUAUUGCUACAAAAUUGCUCGAUGCUCUUAGAACGAAUUAUUUUUAUGGAUACAUUCUAACUCUCGAGGAUAUUGCUUUCUCCAUGCCAACUCCAUCAGGAAAAAUCUUCGCUGAGAAGUACACGAAGACUGGCAAUUUCAAAGUCUACAGUUAGACUUUUUAUUGAAUACUUUUCUAGUUCUUAAUGCUUUUUUACCUGAAAAAUAAUAUUUUAUGCCAUUUUGAUCCCAAUGACUUUCAUACAACCUCCUUGGUUUUUUUUUCAAUUUACAAUUGAAUAUUUAUUUUUUUGUCUCCAUUAGUUCUAUCAGUAAUGAGAACUCAUGUCCAUUUUAUGUAAACCUCCUCGAGGAAUAAUUUAGGCAACAAUAUUAGACGUAAUUCGCCCUAGUAUUCUUUGUUUAUUUUUGUACGAAAAAUGAAUAUAUGAAAUACAAACUUUUUAAGUAAUAACCACUUCUAUACAGCAUAUGUUUUCCUUUAUAUAUCUGUUAUACCUUUUCAUAUGUUGCCCUCAUUAUGAGUUACAAAAUAUUAU